AUGUCGGCUACUGCUGCGCGUCGCGACCCGUACAAGCCCGCCGCAAGAGUGGCGGGCCAGAAGCAGGAUGUUUGGUCGAUUGUCAACGAGGCCGCCGCCGCAACACCCGUUACGCCUGUCGUGAACAUGGGCCAGGGCUUUUUCGGCUACAACCCCCCGCAGUUCGUUCUCGAUGCCGCCAAGCACGCUCUCGACCGCGUCGAGUGCAACCAGUACUCUCCUACCAAGGGUCGCCCGAGGUUAAAGCAGGCGCUGGCGGAUGCAUACUCGCCCUUCUUCGGCAAGACUUUGAACCCGGAGACCGAGAUCACCAUUACCACGGGCGCCAAUGAGGGCAUGCUCAGUGCCUUCAUGGCCUUCAUUGAGCCUGGCGAUGAGGUCAUCGUGUUCGAGCCCUUCUUCGACCAGUACAUCUCCAACAUCGAGAUGGCUGGCGGAAGGGUCGUCUACGUGCCCAUGCACCCUCCCAAGGAGGGCGCAACCAAGACGACUUCGGCGGCAGAGUGGAAGAUUGACCUGAAGGAGUUCGAGGCUGCCAUCACUCCCAAUACCCGCAUGAUCGUCCUGAACACGCCGCACAACCCGAUUGGCAAGGUCUUCUCGAAGGAGGAGCUUCAAGCCAUUGCCGACAUCUGCGUCAAACACAACCUGAUCAUUCUCUCGGACGAGGUCUACGACCGCCUGUACUACGUUCCCUUCACGCGCAUUGCGACGCUGUCGCCCGAGGUUGCCGAGCGCACCAUCACCGUCGGAUCCGGCGGCAAAAACUUCUACGCCACCGGGUGGAGGGUUGGCUGGUUGAUCGGUCCUGAGCAUCUGAUCAAGUAUGUCAGCGCUGCGCACACGCGCAUCUGCUACAGCAGUGUCAGCCCGCUGCAGGAAGCCACGGCUGUGGCGUUCGAGGAGGCGGAUAAGCACAACUUCUGGGAGGAGUCGAAGAAGGAGAUGAAGGGCAAGAUGGACAAGUUCAAUGCCAUUUGGGACGAGCUGGGACUGCCGUACUCGAUUCCGGAGGGCGGGUACUUUGUUCUCGUCAACAUGGCCAAGGUAAAGCUUCCCGACGGCUAUGAUUUCCCUCCCCACGUGGCCGAGCGGCCGCGCGACUUCAAGCUGUCAUGGUUCCUGAUCAAGGAGUUUGGCCUCGCCGCCAUCCCGCCCACUGAGUUCUUCACGCCCGGCAACGCACACAUUGUCGAGGACUGGCUGCGGUUCGCAGUCUGCAAGAACGACGAUGUUUUGGAGCUUGCCCAGGAUAGACUGCGCGGUCUCAAGAAGUACCUCCAGUAA